GAAGCAGAUACCGGCUUACCGGCAUCGACUGACACCCGAGUACCAGCACUUUGCUUUGUUGACGCUGUUGUUCGUCUGGUUUUCAACGUUGCUCCGACACUUGUCGACUACAUUAUCUGCAUCCAGGAUUCCCCGGUCGUUACGUAAUUAUGGUUACAUUUCGCGGCAUUACGGUGGACGCGUACAAGAGCUGUUACAUGAAGUUCCAGCUGCUAUACGCGUUCCAUCACACACCGUUCGGCAGGUGUCUCGUCGCCAUAACCGACACCGACGAGGAAGUGGCGUAUCUAACGUUCGUCGACGACGACGACGAGACGGAGGCUCUCAAGGAUCUGAAGGUGAAAUGGCCGUUGACUGGACUGUCGGAGGACACCGGACGCAAGACGCUGACUGUCCUCGUCAAGAUCUUUAAUCCCGUUGGCCCUCAGCUUCGCUCGGUUGGCGUCCUAAUGAAAGGCACCGAGUUCCAGAUUAAAGUGUGGAGAUCGCUGACGGAAAUCCCUCAGGGUAUGACCAUCACGUACGAGGAGGUUGCGCGAAUGGCGAACUGCAGGGCCGCGAUAGCGGCGGGAAGUGCCAUCUCCAAGAAUUACGUCGCCUACGCUGUGCCGUGUCAUCGCGUGGUACCGAAGGGCAUAUAUGCCCGUGGAUGUGGCAACAAGUAUGCCUGGGGAAUGAAACGGAAAAAUGCUAUCCUGGAAUACGAAAGACAGCUCUCUCCGUUUUGAUGUUCCGUUGAUCUGAACGUUCCUUUGUAAUUUACGAUUAUAUCUAUAUUUUUCCUACCUUCUCUUAUCGUUUUAUUGUAUUUCUCUUAUAUUUUAUGUUUAUAUACAUAUUUUAUCUUCUUUUAUUCUUAUAUUCCUAAGAUGUGCGUAAAUCACAAAUAUAUGUAUUGUUCCUUUCAUCAUCGUGGAUGUUGGAUGGAUCAAAUGGCGUGCUUAAAGGUGAUAAAUGUUUAUUUUCUCACAUCGAAUCUUGUAAGAGUACAAAAUUCCUGCCGUUAGUGUAAUAAAAUACAGUGCUCGCGCAUCCUCUGUGAAGACGAUCUCACUUGAUUCGCGGUAUUCCAUAAAAAUGUCACUUAUUGUCACUUAUAUUUAUAUAUGUACAUGUUUCUGCGUGGCUCGUUAGGGAUAUAAUCUUGUUAAAUUUAAGUACUUUCAUCUGUAAACGCAGGUAUAAAUAACAGCGGUCCAGUCCUUUGUUAUACGUACGUACUUUCUUAUUAAUAUUUUUACUUCUGGCUACUGAUGAUAUUUCGAAUUGGUGUUGCAAUUGCUGCAAUUUGCGUUCGCUCCUGAAAAAUUUCCUGCAGUUUGUCAAAUCGUAUCCGAGACAUUCGAAUUUUGUAACGCAUUCCUUAUACAUUUCUUAGUAUUGCUUAUUUGUUUCUAUUAUACAACUAUACAUCUUCGCUCGAAAUUACGGAGUAACCUUGAUCGCAAUUAGUGUUACAUUAAAUACCGAAAAAUACAUAUUAAACCAAAUUUCCAUUGAUAGGAAAAGAUGAAAUAUCAAGAUUACUAAACAUUGUAAUCUUCUGUACAAAUUAUAGUUAAGUAUAAUAUAUGUAUAUUUCGUUAAAAUUUGCCUCGCUAUUAAUAUUGUACACUAAUAAAUAAUCGACGAGUUUACACAUGUAUAUACACCUAUUUUUACUUUUCGUAUUAGCCUAAAUGCGAGAGUAAGAACCAUGUAUAACGAGACAAAUUUUAUAUCACUUUUCACACGAUUGUGUCCAGAUAUUAUAUUUUUGUGCGAUAUCAAAUUUGAUAUGUGUUUAAACGGUGCUGUAAUUAAAAAGUAUUUUUUUAUGAAA